AUGCGAACGGCGGAGACCGGCGGCAAGAGGGGUGCGGAGGAGUAUGGGCUGGUAGGUACGUGUCUGUUGCAGGUACGUGUCUGCGACAGUGGCAAUAUUCCACCAAGCCUGGGAAAUUUAUCUCAACUCCUUAUGCUGAAUCUUGCAAACAACAAUAUAGCUGGAGUGAUUCCUGCAAGCUUGUCCAACUGUUCUAAUAUUGUAAUAUUGAUGCUCAAUGACAAUUUGUUCAGUGGCAACAUUCCUUCAAGUUUGGGUAAAUUAUCUAACCUCAGAAUGUUAAAUCUUGCAAAUCUUGCAAAUAACAACAUAACUGGUGUGAUCCCUGCAAGCUUGUCCAAUUGUUCUUCCCUUGUUGUCCUCAAUUUAGGAAAUAAUAGUUUGGAGGGAAAGUUACCACAUGAGUUUAGCAGGCUAAGUGAAUUAUAUUCAUUGGUUAUUCAUAGUAAUAAUCUGAAUGCAUCACUCCCUCAUUCAAUGGUAAAUUGUUCAAAGCUACAGGUUCUUGAUAUUGGGAACAAUUUAUUUGGAGGUAAAAUACCUACAUUAAUUGGAAAUCUUUUAGAGCUAAGAGUACUGGUGUUGAAGGAGAAUAAUUUAACAGGCAGUAUUCCUUUAGAGAUAGGCCAACUAAAGCACCUCCAGAUCAUGCUCCUUUCUUCCAAUCAUAUCCCAGCCUCAAUUCCACACACAAUUGUAUUCUUGCAAGCAAUGUCAAAUGAAAGUCAGAAUGGUUUUGUGUUGUCCACUCUCCGUGGUGGGGACUUAUAUAGAGAUGGUUUGGAUAUGGAUUUAAAAGGUACAAAUCGACACUAUCCAUAUAUUCUUUCCACUCUCACAUCCAUAGAUCUAUCAAACAAUGAAUUGGAGGGAGAAGUUCCUUCUAAUUUUGGGAACCUGAAGGGGUUGAGACUUUUAAACCUUUCAAUGAACAAUUUCAAUGGGGCCAUUCCAAAUAGUUUGGGAGAAAUGCAUCAAUUGGAGUCAUUAGACCUUUCAAGAAAUCAUUUUUCAGGACAAGUCCCUAUAGAGAUUGAAUCUUUGAGCUCUUUAGGUUCAUUGAAUCUAUCAAACAACAAUCUUUCAGGAAGAAUACCACAAGGACCAUAUAUGACUGGGUUUCAAGCAUCAUCUUAUUUAGGGAGUCCUAAUUUAUGGGGUUGUCCCUUACCUAAAAAUUGUUCUUGGCCACAAUUUGUUCCUCCUCAAGAUUCAAUUAAUAAAAGAAAGAAAAUCUCUAAAUAUCCAUGUAUUGAAGAUCAAGAACCUGCUCGUGAAUCAGCUCCCAAAUGUAGUGCAUGUGAAUCUCAAUGUGCUUGA